CGCAUCCGUGGCUUCCCCCACGAACGGGGCAACUGGGCCACCCACGUCUACCUGCCCUACCAGGCCCAGGAGGAAUUCCUGGAGCUGCUGGAGCUCCUGGUGUCCCAUGCUCGCACCCACGUCCCCUCGCUGUCCGCCAUGGACGAGUUCCACCUCAGCCUCUCGCAGUGCGUGGUGCUGCGCUACCACUGGAUCGAGCCCUUUGUCCGCUGCCUCCGGGAGCGCCUGGCUUCCUUCCACAGGUUCUUCUGCGUGGCUGACCAAGUGAAGGUUUACACCAACGAGAACAAAACCAGGACCUUUAUUGGCUUGGAAGUCUCUGCUGGGCAUUUCCAGCUGCUGGAACUGGUCUCCGAGGUGGACAGAGUCCUGGAGGAAUUUGACCUUCCCACGUUCUACAAGGACCCGUCGUUCCAUAUCAGCUUGGCCUGGUGCGUGGGGGACCUGUCUGGCAGGCUGGAAGGGCAGUGUCUGCGGGAGCUCCAGGACAUCGUGGACAGGUUUGAGGACUCGGCACUUCUGCUGCGCCUCCAAUGGGAGCAAAUCCGCUGCAAGUCAGGGAACAAGUACUUCUCCUUCCCUUUGAGGUAG